GGAUGCGUGAGUUCUGGUCGGGACCGAGCCAACCUGGUUUUCUCCUUGUUUAGCCGCCGCCUCCCCUCAUGACAUCAACACUGCGGAGAGCCGCCGAGCGCUCAGACUCUGCUGCAGAACGCCAGUGCGCAAAGGUAAGCGAGCGCUCCUCAGCACGUACGAGCACGUUAGUACACUUCAAAAGACGAUUCGUGUGGUAUUGAUGAGUGAUUGGUGAUCUAUCAGGAUGUCGCUGUACGCGUCUCAGAUUAAAGCGUUUAAGAGCGCAGAGCCCAAGACACUCGGCGCUAUUGAGAUCGUAAUUGGGGUGUUUACUGUCAUUUUGAGCUCUAUUGUGUACAAGCUACACUAUCAUAUCCAGCGUGAAAUCAUCAUCCUCAUCGUCAACGGUGCUCAGCUUGUCAUAACUGGUGUUGUCCUGGUGCACACUGGGAGGAAGCCAUCUAAAUGUUUGGUGCUGACAACCAUUGUUCUGCAGUUACUAACAGCAGCAUUUGAUAUUGUUGGAUUUGGGCUCAUGGCCAGACACAUUCCAUUCAGAGGAGAGUCGUACUACUACAGGGACACAGAGUGGUGUUGUGACCCACUUCACUCUGUUUGGGCUUGCUGUGGAGAAGGAGAGAAAGGGGGACAUAAAGAGUUCUUAGUGAAUGGGAUCUUGGUGACACUGAUCGGUUUCCUGGUGCUUGCAUGUGUCAUUGGUUUGGCUGUCUCUCUUUUUGGGGUCUACGCCCUUUCUGUUAGUGCCAUAAAGGAGCUGACGCCCAUCCCUCACUCAACAGCAAACCAACAUUACGGUGUUGGUGCUCAGACCCAGAACAUGAUCCAUGCUGGAAACUGACAAAAUAAGAGCCGUUCAGAGCAGAAGGGCACAGUUUUAGCACAGUUUUACACCAACUACAAAAGAGGACUGUUUCACCUACAAACCACUCACAGGUAAACAACCACAACUACAGAAAAAAAACUCUUUUGUGAACUUGUAAAUAGUUUUUUGAAAAUAAAAUGGAUAAAAUCUCGUUUUUUGCUUGGCUGUUGCUCUCACAGGCUGUAGGACUGCUGUAAUUUCGAAUGCCCAACUGAGUAGUUAUUCGUAUUUCAUUAAUUUUCACUCUCUUACAAACUGAAGCUUCUUAGCAUGUAAAUCUAAUCAAAUGUCUACCCAGAAAUCUAGAGCAGAUCCAGUGUUAUCGAUCCAGUGUUAUCGUAUGUUAGAGGGCUAAGUGUGUUUAUCGUUCUUAGGAUAUGUGAAAUUAGGUACGUAGCAGAAACAGGAAUUAUGGUGAAUGUGAACGGUAAGAAGGUUCUGUGAUUCUGUCUUGUUUCAUAGCAUUUUGUACCACCUUUUGCAUGAAUCUUUAUAUCGGUCAACAUGUUUGUUUUUAACCACAUGAGGACAUAUGGGGCUACAUUUAUCAAGUUGGUAUUUGUUCAUUGGAAUUGCAAUUUGAAAAUAAAAGCUCUUGAAACAAAAUAUAACAACACUGUAAGCAAGCCAAAUUAUUUUAUAUAUAUGCUUACGAAAAAAAAAACUUUAAAUAAAAGCCGUGAUAAAUGUGGCCCAUGUUCAGUGAAACUCCUCUAAAGCAGAGUAAUGUGAAUUUAAACACCAAUGAAUAACUAAAUAGCACCGCUUGGCUUUUUUGUCAUCUCGUUUUAUCCGUACUGAUUCUUCAGGAAAGCUAUGAUGACUGCCAACUCUGUAAGUGCCACCACUUGUGACCAAAAUCAUGGACACCCUAAUGACUAAAGGUCAGAGGUUGAACCCUCAGUCAAGGGCUCGACUUUGGUGAUGUAAAAUCCUCUUGUGGAAGCAUGUGUCGUCUGUUUUGUGUCUGUAGAUCUUUGUCUUUAUGACAGCAUGUGAGAUUUACAUUGUGCCUGUUCUCGGUGAACUCUUGACGUGUAGUAAAAUGAAAACAUGUAGUAUGUAGUAAUAUGGCUGUGUUUGUGUUUGUAUUUGAUUGAAUGACAUUUCAAAUAAAUUUGAUUUAAUACACUA